CUCUUUCUGGGCGAUCCGAUCUUGGGACUCGGUGCCGAACCGAGCCAUGCCGGUCUUCGGAUCUUCCGGCAUCCAGGGUGCGCGCAUGCACCGCAGCAACGUGGCCUGUUUGCCCUUCUACUCCCGCUGGACGCCUCCGGCCGUUCCUCCCCUGGAGCUGGAGCGCAAGGUGGAUGUCCGCCGAGUGAAUGACAUCGUCACUGCGGCCUUGGACGUUUCGACCACACGAUACGUGUCCAGCGCGCGGCCCUCGAUGCUCACGCAGGAGCCGGAGCUUAGCACGGGAUGGUCCACCCAGCGGAGCGAUCGCUCUGGGCAGACCUAUCAAGGGAGUCCCUUCUCGCUGACGCCGAGGAAAAACCGCGGCAUCUCCCUCUCCCAGAGCCUGGCAAAGCCCAUUGGGCUAUGAGUCCUUCGCCCGCGGGCGAUAUUUUGAGAUUAUUGGAAGGGGUAGGCCGUAGGGCCAGAGGUGGAUGGAGACAUAUCACAGGGGAGCAACUCCUCACCUGAGC